GUCACUCAUUUUCACCACGUAUGGCAAAACAGGUUGCUGUCGUUCUCGCGUCCAUUGCUUUGUUAUUUGAACAUGCAGAUAUGGACACGUCGUGGGAUGUUCGAGCGCCCUUACUACGGCUGUCUGUAGCUGCGGGGGAAUCAGCCUCACUUAUCUGCCGCAGUCCACCCCCGGGAAAUAUCAGCUGGUUCAGAGAGUAUGCUAACUCGUUCCCUACUGAGAUUAAGAACACCAAGCGAACAACGACAGACUCAAAAGGUACACUUCACUUCUCCUAUGUACAGAGAAACGACACGGGGGGAUUCAAGUGUGGUGUCAGCGAAGUGUCAUUGGUGACAUUUGGAAGUAAAGUCAAUAUGACCGUCCUUACAUCAACAGAUAAAUCGAUGGACGCGAAGCCAAAGGUGAUGUUUCACAGUGGCGCCAUCAAGGGUGAACUCGGAGAGGACAUAAAACUGGAAUGUAUCUUCAGCGGCAGGCCUCUACCAAAUAUUUCCUGGAGACAUUCUAACGUCGUCCUCGAGUCAGCUGGCCGGGUUCUGGUCUCUCACAGCUCUGUGGUCAUCACCAACGUGACCGAGGCUGACCGCGGAAUAUAUACAUGCACCGGGGAGAAUGCUUCAGGGACUGCGGCUGCAACUGUUACUGUAGACGUACCACAGACGGACAGAACCGAUGUCUCCAACACGGGCGGUGCCGUCGCGAUAGCCGUGGGGGCCAUCGUCUUGGGACUUGGUGCUUUUCUCCUGGGUAUUUUGCUUUGGCGCAAGAUGAAAACUGAAAGGAAACAAAAAAAUCGACUUUCAUCAGCUGAACAACAGGAAAUUGAAGAUUUUGUUGUUAAAAAUGACCUAGUAGAUCAGAAUAUCCUUAAAAUUUAAACAAUCAGACAAUAUUGUUAAAGAUAAGACAAACGGAAUAUGUGUUGUAAACAUAUCCUAAAUCAUAUGUAUAUCUUAGGAGGCUUCGAGUUAGUAAGGUUUUAUCGCUUUUAGCAAUAUUCCAUUAUGUCCUGUACAUUUUAGUCCGCCAUUUCACAUUAUGUGUUUUAAGUGAGUGAGUGAGUUUAGUUUUACGCCGCACUCAGCAAUGUUCCAGCUAUAUGGCGGCGGUCUGUAAAUAAUCGAGUCUGG